UCUCCUCGAAAUUUAACCGCUGAAAUUUGGGUUGGGGUAUACAACGCUUUAAACCGAGGCAAGGAUUGUCCUCACCCAAGCAUUAGCAAGCACCGAAGUUUGUUUAUCCCCGUAUCCAAACAAGCUCUGGAACAUCUUCGAUCUCACUCACUCCUCCAAUCCCAAAUCGAUUAAACCCUAGAGAUCCAAUCCCCAAAGGCAUUUCGAUAUUCAACUUCUACUAACAAUCUGCAAAAAUCCACAUUCGCCAAAAUUUCUAGGGUAUCGCUUUGAUCGCAUUCAAGUCUCCAAAUUUCGACAUCAAUGGACGAUGAUUCUGGGUCGCUCCGUCGAAUGUCGACCAGAACCCGAAAAGUGGCCUCCAGAAUGGCCGCCGCCCUUGCCAGCACCGAUAAUCGAAACCAGGCAGCUCUUGCACGGCUGGAAGCGCUGGAGAAUGACAAUGCGGGAAUGGAGACGAUAGAUGUUAAUGAUGAUGAGGAUGCUUCUCUUGAUGAUGAUGAUGAAGGGUAUGCACAAAAGAGGCAAUCCAAGGGCACAAAACGAACGACCCGGCAGGCAAAAGCUCUCGAGAAUGCCAGGAAGGCCCCAAGAACAUUCCUUGAACUGGUACAUGAGGCCAACCUUGAAUCUUUGCCUCCCCAUGUUCCCUCCUAUUUGAGAGCAGCUGUAGGACCUCCAAGCUCCACCUCCCGGCGCCAUUUCUGCACCGUCUGUGGAUUCGCUGCCAACUAUACAUGUGUGAGGUGUGGGACACGCUUCUGUUCAACCCGGUGCCAGAACAUACACAAUGAUACGCGUUGCCUAAAAUUUGUUGCCUGAUCCUUGGCUCAACCUCCUCCGAAUUUGCAAAAUACUUGUAACAGUCAGAAUUAAAAUUUUAAAUUGUGUAUAUGGAUUGCUCCAAUGCUUUUUUGAUCCAUGGGUAGUUAUGAUC